AUGGUGGUCGACACCGCCUACUACGACCUCCUCGGGGUCGCGCCCACGGCCACCGAGCUCGAGAUCAAAAAGGCCUACCGGAAACAGGCCAUUGUCCACCAUCCGGACAAGAACCCCAACGACCCGUCGGCACACGAAAAGUUCCAGGCCAUAGGUGAGGCGUACCAGGUGCUGCAAGAUGCCGACCUGCGCAAGGCGUACGACAAGUACGGCAAGGACGCCUCCAAACCGUCGGAGGGCUUCGUCGACCCGGGCGAGUUCUUUACGACCAUCUUUGGCGGCGAUGCGUUUGUCGACUGGAUCGGCGAGAUCUCGCUGAUGAAGGACCUGACGGCGACCAUGGACAUUACCGUGUCCGAAGAGGACGAGGCGGCUGCGGCGGCCGCCCAACACGAGGGCGGCGACGGUGCUGCGGGCGACGAGUUCCCCGGCACAGAGGAGGCGGUCAAGGAGAGCAUGAAGACGGCCAAGGCCGAGGAGGCCGCGGCGGAGGGCGAGGCGCUCGGCGCGGAGAGCGGCCACGUCAAGCCGCCGCCGCCCUACGUCGCCGAGGAGGACCACCACGGUAAAGGCGAGCCCGUUUCGCCAAAGCCAACCGCAGGGGCAGGGUCAGGGGCCGCUAAGUCGGCGGCGGCCCCGUCUCCCUCGACCUCGGGCAGCAACACGCCCAGCCGCCACGCCAUCCCGAUCCGCCCGGCCCUGAUGGACCGCCCCUCCGACGAGGCGGGGGCGUCGGCCGCCGCUGCGGGUGUCAGUGGCGAUGCGGUCGAGGACGGCAGCGGCAAGAAGAAGAAGGGCAAGUCGGGCCUGUCGAAGGAGCAGCGCGAACAGCUGGCCGCCUAUGAGAAGGAGCGCGCGCGUGUGCGUGAGGAGCGCGUGGAGACGCUGGUGCGCAAGCUGCAGGACCGCGUGUCGGUGUGGACGGAGACGGACCGCGGCGCGGAUGUGACGCGCGCGUUCCAAGAGAAGAUCCGGCUCGAGGUGGAGGAGCUCAAGAUGGAGUCGUUUGGCCUCGACAUCCUGCACGCCAUUGGCCAGACGUACGUGUCCAAGGCGACGGGCUUGCUGCGCAGCCAGAAGCUGUUCGGCAUCAGCGGCUUCUUCAGCCGGAUGCGCGACAAGGGCACGCUGGUCAAGGACACGUGGAACACGAUCAGCUCGGCCAUUGAGGCGCAGCAGACGAUGGAGGAGAUGGCGCGGAUGGAGGAGCGCGGCGGCGAGGACUGGACGGACGAGAAGCGGGGCGAGUACGAGCGGCGGGUGACGGGUAAGAUUCUGACAGCGGCGUGGCGCGGCAGCAAAUUUGAGAUCCAGAGCGUGCUGCGGGACGUGUGCGACGCGCUGCUGCACGACAAGAAGGUGCCCCUCCAGAAGCGGCUGCAGCGCGCCGAGGCGCUGGUUCUGAUUGGCGACGUGUGCAACCGGGCGCAGCGGACGCCCGAGGAGGAGGGCGACUACAUGGCGUUUGAGCAGCUGGUGGCGGAGGCGGCGAUGAAGAAGGACAAGGAGUCCAAGAAGAAGAACAAGGACAAGGAAUCGAAGCGUGGCUGGGCGCGUGGCAGCAGCAACAAAGAGCCAGGCGAGCCGUCGGAGGGCAACGACGCCGCGUUCCGGGCAGCGGCCGCCGAGGCCGCUGCGGAGGCGCCCAACGUGCCCCGUUCUUAG